AUGGCAAAAGGGGGCUACUAUGCUGUUGCAAACGGUCGCAAAGUCGGUGUGUAUGGUUCGUGGGAUGAGUGUCGUGCGCAAGUCGAUGGAUUUUCUCAGGCAAGAUAUAAGAAGUUCGUCUCUAAAAGCGAAGCUCUCGCAUUCAUUGCCAACUACCAGCUGGGGCGUAAGUCUUUUUCAAACCUUACCAGUCCAACAAACAUCACUAGACUCUUCGAUAGUAGCGAUUCCUUGUAUAUGGCUUCAUUUUUUGUAUUUCCGUUGCUUUAG